AUGUCCGAAAAACGAUAUUUUAUUAACCCGUACGAAGACUUUGGUCCAUCGGAUGGUGUUUUGGACGCAACCGGUGAUGAACUCAAUGGUCGAGUCAAAGAGGAUUUGAUGAAAAACUUGACAAAACUGUUGAAGAGUUUUGAAGAUGAAGUGAACGAAACCAUUAAUCCAGACGAUUGCAGUGUUUAUACGGGAAGUACUGGAUAUGCUUUACUGUAUCUUCAUUUAGCUCUUGUCUUCAAUGACCACAAACUCUUAGACAAAGCCAUCGCUUAUACGGAACCAUUAGUCGACACUUCGGGCAAAAGAAGACUGACUUAUAUUACGGGCGACUCAGGA